AUUUUCUUUUAUAUUGGCAUUCAGUAAUAAUCAGUAUAAGCAUUUUCUUUAAGUAUUAAAUGUUGGUAUCGUAUUAUUUGUAUUAAUUUAAUCUUUAAUAUUAUUGUUUUUUAAAAUUCAAAAAUCUAAAUUUGUAUGAAUUUAAUAUUAUAAUAAAAUACAAACGAUUAGAGAUACUAUGUUGACUUUAAGAACAAUUAAUCGUAUUCUAAAAGUUGUAAAAACUAACCAAAGUAAGUUAUAAAUGUACUUGUAUAAAUAAUUAACUUAUAUCAAUAUUAAAAGUCUCCUUCAAAUUUGCGUUUCUUUUCAACUAUUUGUCCUAUUUUAGUCCUAAAACUUUCCUGACAUUAAUUUGAGUAGCUCUCGUACUAAAAUCAGUUGUAUCUAACAAUAUUUCUUUCGAUAAGUACAUUUAUUUACAAAAUCAUAAUUAUGACCUAUCUCUCCUGAACUCAUGCCUGAAUUCAUGUCUGUUGAUUCUCAUUCGUCUUAAGAGCUAUCAAAAUAACUAUCAUUCCGUUUCUUACAAACUAAUUUUGUCGUACAAUUUUAAUUUCAUUUAAUCAAAUAAAUAAAUCAGGCAACCUACUACUUGCAAGUCUAAAAUUGAUUUUGCUGUAAGUAGGAUAGUGUUCUAAAUGUAAACCUAAAUCUCGCUACAUUUGACCAGGCCUUUGAUGAUCUUCAUGAAUUUGCCUUACUUGUUUGAUCUAGGUAUAUGAUAAGAAAAAAUAAAUAGAAUUCACCUACCUAUAUGUAUAGUUCAAAAAUUACUCUAAUUAAUUAAAAAUAAAUAAAUCUUGAUUUCAAAGUUUUUGGAGAUUUUUGUCACAACUUUUUUAACAAUGGUAAUAAAAAAAUUAAACAAUUGAAUUCAACACACAAAACACAUAUUUUGUACUUAAAUUAUUAAUCAUAAAGAAAAAACAAAUUUUUUAUUAAAAUUAUUUUUUUAAUUUUUACUUAGGAUGUGAACAAUCAUUUCAUAGGUGGUUGGCUCCGACAUUGAGAGAAUUGAAACGGAGAAAAGAUGCUUUAGGCCCAGAAAAACCAGUUCAUCGUAAAACAUAUAUUGAGUGGUAAGAAUAUACAUUUUGGUUUAUUACAUUUACUAUAUAUUUAAAUUAUACUUUAAAAUAUUGUUUUUCAUUUUUUAGGAACUAUGAUACUGAACUCUAUGCGUUUAGUAAGCGUUUAGGUGAAGAAUUUAAUAAUAAUUUGUUACAACAAGCAUUAACUGAACGUUCAUAUAUAGUGUCUGAAGAAGAGAAACAAAAGAGUGUUGGCAUUGAUCAACCUCUAUUAGAUUUAGCUGAUAAUAGUAAACUAGUUACUAAAGGUUCAAAUUUUAUUGAUGAUAUAGUAAAUCGUUAUUUACAUACUGUAUUACCUAGAUUACCAGAAGAAGGAAUCAUGUAUGUACACUUCAACAAUUAUUUAAUAAUUCUUUAUUUAUUAUCUAUCUAUAUUUUUUUUUAGAGAAAUUCAAAAGUAUUUAACAAGUACUGAAACACUUUCUCAUAUUUCUUUUCAUAUUGGUACAUCUGAAUUAAUUCUCUGUGCUGUAAGUAAAUUGGUAUACACAUUUAUUAUAGAUAUUCUGUUAAAUAAUGUUUAAUAUUUUGUUUUAAGGACUUUCCUGUAGAAAAAUUAACUUUGGCCAAUGUUCUCAAAUCAAUAACUGCAGCACUAGUUGAAAGUUCUGGUAAUGGCCGAGCAACAGCAUUUGUACGUGAUUUUAUUUUAACACAGAUAGCCGAUAAAGAUUUGCACCAAUUUUGGAAGCCUGAAGAACCGAUUAAACUUUUAUCAGACAUUUUAGCUAGAGACAAUGUCCAGUCUCCUGAACCUAGACUUAUUGGAUGCUCUGGCAAGAAUACAUUAUUAGCAUGUUUUCGAGUGGGCUUAUAUACUCCUCAUAAUAAACAAAUGAUUGGUCUUGGUGUGUAUUCUAAUAAAAUAUUAUAAAUGUUGAUAUUUCUAUAAUGAUUCUAAUCACUUAAUAUGAAUAUAUAUAUAUAUUUGUUUUAAAUAGGUUUUGGGGAAACUGUAGAUAUUGCACAUGAAAUGGCAGCAAGGGAUGGUUUGCGACAGCUAUUUGGUUUAUCAGAUACUAUUUUACUUCCAUUCAAUAUAGAAUUGGAAAAUUUGUGUGCAAGUAAUACCAAAAAUUUGUCUGUAAAUGAGUGGUCGCAGAUGAAAUUAUCACCUCAGUCUAAACAUUUGGAAUUUUAUCAAACUAAAAUAAUUAGUAGUAAUUGAAUAUAUAUUUAAAUUUCAACAUAUUAUGUUAAUUUUGAAGAAUUAAAUAGUUAAAACUUUAUAAAUAAAGUGUCUUCUGUUCUUAUAUAUAUAUAUUUACAUUGUUAAUUUUAGUCUACCAAAAUAAUAAUUAUGCAUUAUAUUUUCUCAAAAUUAAAAGUACAUUAAUAUUUAAACAGAGUUUAUAAAAUAACUGACCAAUCGCUGUUAGUUAACAGCCAUU